AUGGAUUCAGAAAAUAUAGAAAUUCAUCGUUUGUUUUAUGUGGAAAAUCAUAAUGGACUAAGUGCUAAUGAAUGUAGAAUGGCAGGUGAUUUUCAAAAUAUGCUGAAAAUAUUCCGCAAUCUUCAUCAAAUAGAACUCAACAAAACACCAGUAUUUGGUACAUUUGGUGAUAAUAACGAUGUUAAAAACUAUCUUUAUUCAUUGUUUCCUAAUAGUAACAGUCAAGUGAAUUCAUUAUUUGCUAAUGUUGAAGAAAUACCAGCCAUUUUGACAAUAUUUAAUACUGUCAAUUUCGUCUUUUUACUGAUUGUUAAUGAAGAUACAACUUUAGAAAGAUGCAACUAUUUCACUGUUGUCAUGCAAAGAUUCUUACAAGAUAUGUGUCCAAAUAUUCUGAUUUGUCCGUCGGAAACAUUUUUCAAGAAAUUUUCAAGUGAACACUCAUUUGAUAGUAAACUGUAUGGAGUUGAAACAUUUGUAAUUAAAAUCAAUGAAUUAAAUUAUUUCACAAAUCUUUCUGAAUCUGAUCGUCUUCAGUUUUCAAGAAAACUGAAAGUUGUUGCUUGCUUCAAUACAAACGAUGGUAAAAGUGAGAUUAUUAUUAUUCAUAGACCAAAUAUAAAUAAUGGAACAUUGAGUGAAUUCGCUGGAUAUACUAUUUUAUUCCAUAAAAAUAGAGUUUUUAGAAAAAUAUCAGAUUAUACUCGUUCGCCAAUUCAUGUUGCAUUUGCAUCCAAUCAGAAUUCGCAUAUAUUAUGCUUUUAUCAUACAAAUACUGGAGAAAUUACGCGAUGGUCAUUAAACGAAUCGGGAGAACUAAAAGUGAAUCCUACCCUUCUGCAUUCAAAUAGAAGUUCGAGACCUAACGGUGUUAAAAGUCUUGCAUUAACAGUAGCGCAAACCUUACUUAUUCUCAUUGAUUCAAUUUCUUAUGUCUAUUCAAUCGAUAUUUCUGGUGAAAAUACAGCAUCUACAUCAUUAUUAUUUAAAAGUGUCAGUGAUUCAGCCAGUUCUAGAGAUUUCAAAUCUGAUGAUGGUGAACCUUAUGAAACAGUUCAAACAAUCGGGGAGAAAACUCCAAUAUUUUUCUUUCAAGCUAAAUCUUCUAUUGAUAUAAUUGAUGAAAACUAUUGCCAAAUAUUAAGCAUCAAAUUACAACAAAAUACAUUCUUAUAUAAGAUGCAAGUUUUUACAGUUUUUGCUGAUACCUAUUGUGUUUUGAUUAAUCCAAAUGCUUAUGAAGCUUAUUGUAUUCAAAAUCUCAUAUCAGAUACACGUAUCGAACGGCAAGGAAGUUCGCAUAAUCUAGACGAAUCAUCUAAAAAAUACAUUGGUAAUCGAUUAUUGGAUAUCAUUAAAAGAGGUGAAAUACUAUUUGGUGUUCCCGAUUCAAACCAUGGAAUUCAUUAUUAUAUAAAACUUUUACCAGAAUAUUCGUCAAAGUCUGAUAAGAUAAAAAAUUACUUUAAAGAUUUAGGUAUUUCAGCGCAAUUAACAAUCGGAUGUGAAAAUAUGAAUUUCGAUAGUUCUACAAUAGUCGCAGAAUCUUUAAUUAAGACAAUAAUCAGUCGUGUACCAUUACAACUUUGUAUGAUAGAAAUGAGUAAUCUUGUUCCAUUGAAUAAUGGACGACGUGAACGAAUGGAUCAUUUAUCAUCCAAGUCAUUUCCAAUUGAUAUGAAAGCUAGAGAAAUAUCUUUUUCAUAUUUAGAUUAUUUAUUAAAUAAUAUUAAUGAUAAUGAAAAUAUUCGAAUUGUUGGUAUUAUUGGUCGUCAAUCAACUGGAAAAAGUUAUUUAUUAAAUCGAAUAUUUCGAACAAGAUUUGCUGUUGCAGCUGGACGAUGUACUGAUGGAAUAUGGAUGAGUUAUGCCUUUAUUGACGAUACUCAUUUUAUUAUCUUAGAUUCUGAAGGAUUAUUUAGUGAUCAAAGAACUGAUGAUGAAGAAAUGAAACUUCUUUCAUUUUUAGUUGCUGUUUGUGAUAUUACAAUUCUUAGUCAAGAUUUAGGAUUUAGUCGAUUUCAAGAUCGUCUAUUUUCUUUGUUAUCUCAAGCACCUGAAAAAAUAAAGCGAAGUAAAAAAUUAUUUAAGGGAACAUUAUGGAUUGCAAUACGAGAUAUAAGUAAUAAUAAUGCUCAAGAAUCAUUAGCUGCUGCUAGAAAAAAAUUCGUCGGGUUACAUAGUGGAGGCAAAAGCAGUUUUCUCGAACAAUUAUUUUCGAAUACAUUUAAAAUUCAAUUAUUACAUAAUUUUGAAAACAGAAACUUUGAUGAUGAAAUUAACCUAGUACGUCAAGCAUUAUUCAAUUACGACAAUAAUCGUCCAGAAAGUGUGCCUCGGUGGAAAAACGGUCAAAACCUUUCAGAUCGUUUGAAAAUUCUUUUAAUACAAUUAUAUACUGAUGAUUUUAUUGAUUCUGAUGAAAUACAUUGUGAUAUGAAAAUAAAAGAAUUAAUGGAAGCGAUGAGAAGCGCUUGGGCAAGAUUUUAUUUCGAAGAUACAGCAAAUAUUUCAUCCAAUGAGCAAAUUAUAGCAAAAACGUUUGACAAUAAACAAUAUGUCAUUCAAUUGAAUCAUGAAGAAUUAUAUUUGGAUGAAAAUGCUUCUGAAGAAAAUUUUGAUAACAUCUGUAAAUUUAUCUAUAAUCCAUUUUCUGCUCAAAAUAAUUCUCUCAAAAAAGAAGGAGAAAAUAAUCUACGCGUAUUUGUCAAUGAACUUAUCCUAGACGUGCUCAAUCAUCGCCGGCAACAAGUAAAACAAUGUAUGAUUGAAAAAAUUAAAAAGGAAUUUCCAGCUGAAAAUGAUAAAAUCAAAGAGCGAAGAACAAAAUUUUUGGAUGCCAUAGAACAAUAUAUGCUUUCAUUUAAGUUUAAUAUUUGUUUGAAAAAAUGCUUGAAGUGUGAUUUGAAAUGUGUUAAAAAUUAUGAACAUACAUACGAAACGAAAAUAUUACUUGAAAAGAAAAAAGAAGAAUUGAAGAAGUUACAGAAUUCUUUAGGAACUAUUGAUUUAGCAAAUACUCGUGAGACCAUGGGAAAAUUAAAUGAAGACAUACUUGGUGCAACAUCAAAGGAAAAUCAAAUUCGCCAAAAAAUGAACUUCUUAGACAAUGAAUUGAAACAUUUAAUUGAAAAAGAAAACGUUCAAACACAAAUUCGCGAAUGUGAUAUAAAAACAGAAAAUGAAAAUAAAAAAAUUCAAGAUUGUCAACAAAAAAUCAAAGAUAUUGAUGAUAGGUUGCAUAAUCUUUUACCAAAUGAAAGAGAUCUUCAUGAGAACACAGAUCAACUGUUAGAAGAUUUCGAUCAAGAAAUAUUAUCCAAACUGAACAUCGCUGAAUACAAAAAUGACCAAUUCAAUACACUUAUUGAUGAGUUUCACAGAUAUCACAAAAAUAAUGAUAAACCAGAAAAUGAUUUACUUUGCUUCUCAAUCGAAGGAGAAAUACCAGACUUAACUAGAUCAAUCUCUAUGAUGGAUAGAAAUAUUCAACGAAUUUCCAAGUAUUCCUUAUUUAUUCAAGAAACCUUAGUCGAUAUCAAUAAACAACUUGACAAUUAUAAAGAAAAUUUGAUAAAUACUGAAAAUGAGGCUAAAGAACUUGAGCAAAAAAAGAAUUCUGCCAUAAAUGAAAAAGAAGAUACGAACAAAUUAACUGAAACAUACUCAGCAGAACAGGAAGAAAUCAUCAAAGAGUUAACCACCAUAAAAAAUGAGCACGAAACUUUAUCAAAACAAAUUGAUGACAAAACUGAGUCCGGUGAUCAAGUGAACUCGUCGAUCAUCAACAAAAUUCAACGCUAUAUGAAAAAUUUACAAGACAAACGAAAUAAUCCUGCAUACUUACAUGUUUGUGAAGAUUAUGAAAACAUUGAGUCAACAAAACAAGAACAAAUUCAACGGUUAGAAUUCUCUUCAGAGAAGCAAAAAAGACAAAAAAACAGAGCUAGUACCAACACAGCAUUGGAAAUCCCAUAUGACACCAUCAAAAUCCAAGAGGUUACAGAGGAAGUACAUGAAAUUGAGGAAAUAAAUCUUAUAGUUCUUGAAACCAUUAAUGAUAUUCAAAAAAGAAUCAACGAUACUGAAGAACAUGAAUCGAUCUUGAAACAAAUCGAUGAAGAAUUCAAUCAAUUGACUUCUCUCAUUGACAAUUUACAAUUAUCUGAUGAAAAAAUUCAAUCAAGUAGAAAGCGGUUACCUCAUUUUUCAAAAAAAAUCGUCGAAAAGAAAAAGCUUAUUACUCAAUUAGAAAAAGAUGAUCCAUGCAAUGAGAUCGAUCAGGAAAAACAAGCAUGCGAGAACCUAGAAAAACAAUAUGAACAAAUGCUGAAUGAAUUGAAGCAAAUAGAGCAACAAAUAUCAACUUUAUGCGACAAUGAUCCUCUAUUAAUUAAAAUUUUGAACGAUCCAGAAAUCGACUUAGACAAAGAGAGGCAGGUAUUAAAACAUCGUUUUAAUGAACUUUCUGAUUCUGUGAAAGCUUUGAAUGAGAAAAAUGAACUACUAUCAAAUAAUAUAGUUUCAAACAAGGCGAAGUUAGAUGAAAAGGAUCAAAAAUUGCUGAAAAUCAAAGAGAAAAUUGAAGAACAAAAUACUAAGCACAAAAAUUAUAUGGAAGAAAUUCAUUCUAAUGAAGAACUGUAUAAACUAGGUGAUGUCCUUCUACAAUCACUUACAAACACCAAAAACUUGCUCAAUACUAAUUUAAAAAGAUUGAAUAACAUCUUGCUGGCAAAAGAUCUAAUCCAUAAGCGUUUACCUUUAUUAAGUGCAGUAAAAUCUUCUGAAGAUAAUUUAUCACGGUUGACAACUGAUAAAGAACAACUGAAUAAACGACUGAAUGAUAUGAACAGCAUUGUUCGUCCAAUGGAGUUCGCAAAUAGUCAUGAAUGUAAUGAAAAGUAUCAACAAACUGUUAAAGAGCACCAAGAUGCAUGUUCACACAUGGAUAACUUAGAAAAGAUACGAAAAGAUAUCGAUACUUAUUCCGAUUUUAUAAGUGAGAUUAAAGAUUUAGAAAGAGAAGCUCAGGAUAAGUGUGACUGCGGAACAGAUCAUAAAUGUUCGGCAAUAUGUCAGAUAUGUGUUGCAGACAAUAAUAAAGAAAGUCUGUGUAUGUUCAAAGCAGGACAUUAUGGUGAACAUAAAUGCGAUGGUGGUCAUAUCUGUAUCGAAUCUUGUCAAAUUUGUGAAAUAUAUGGCAAACCAAAAAGUAGAUGCCAUUAUGCAUAUGGACACAAAGAACCAGCACAUCAUCAAUGUGGAAGCACUCAUCAGUGCCCAUCAACAUGUAUCUGUUCAGAUCCAUGUACCAUACCACUAACACUUGAACGACACGAUGAGCAUCAAUGUCUUAAGAAAGAUUGUUGGAAAAUGUGUAUAUUUUCGUGUGGUAAACCUUGUGCGACUCCAGAUCAUAAACAUGAUACAACAGCAUCAUUGGUUACAAUAGUCGAUGGUCGAGAAACACGUCAAGUGAAGAGACAUUUAUGUAGUCAUGCUCAUUACUGCAAAGGUAUAUGUGAUGCACCUGGUAUUUGUAAAUUAGAAUAUAAAAUAAAACAAACACAAUUGACGACAGAAUCAGGUGUAGAAUUCAUCAGGGAGUAUAUUGAAGUUGAAGAAGUUCGAGCUAAAUGUGGAAUUAAAAUAUCAGCAGGAAAAUCUUCUCAUGAUGACACUUUAAAUCAUCAAUGUGAUGGACAACAUACAUGUCAAGAACGAUGUCCUGAUUGUGGUUCAUUUUGUAAAAAUCCUUUUGGUCAUGAUGGAUUUCACAGAACACUUCAUCGAAAUAAAGAACAGCAUAUAUUUACAAGUACAAAUCCAAAUGAUGGAAUUGAAAUCUGUCCAAAUCUAUUAGAAGACACUAAUGUGAUAAAAUAUAAAGUUGGAGACUCAGCUAAUGCAGAAAAUUGCACUGAAUCUUGUAAACGUCGUGGUCGAUCUCAUUUUCAUUUAUUUGAAUGUCCUGGUAAUUCUGAAUGUUUGGGAAAAGUACUUGGUAAUAAAGCAAAACAUUCUGAUGAUACAUAUUUUUAUGGACCGGAUUGCCCAAGCACAAAGAAAUAUGAUAAAAUUCUAUGCUCUGCAUAUUGGUCGCAACAUAAAUGGCUCACACCUGUUAGUGAUGCUGAUAAAAACAAAAUAGAUUUAUGUAAUACAUAUUGUAGAAAGCAUGUCUUGAAAGAUCAAAACAGUAUUAUUGUCAAAGAUUCUGAUAGAGGUUUUUGUCAAUUGGAAGCUGGUCAUAUUGAUCGACAUUUAUUGAACUGCCAAAGUGAUCAUAUUUCAUUAGAAAUGUAUCAAGGUAUUGAUGUAUGUUUUGUUAUCGAUACAACAACCUCUAUGGAACCAUAUUUUGAAAAAGUUAAAAAUGCUAUUACUCGUAUCAUUCAUGAUAGUGAACCUUUACUGAAGCAAAAUAAAUUAGAAUGCGAAUUUAAAUUUUCUGUUGUUGUUUAUCAAGAUCAUGCACCAUCUGAAUAUAAGUAUCGAAAUAAAGAACCACCUGAAUAUAUUUAUCGUGAAUGUGAUUUUACAAAUUAUGAAGAAGCCGUUAAUUAUGUGAAGGAUUUAAAAACUGGCUCAGGUGCCGAUUUUUGUGAAGCCGUGCUGGAUGGUCUAGACGCUGCAUGUGAUUUGAAAUGGCGUGACAAUUCUGAUCAUCUACUAUUUCAUAUAUUGGAUGCGCCACCACAUGGUAGGCAGUAUUAUUCGCGGAUAUGGUGGCAUAGUGAUUAUUGGCCUGAUGGUUGUCCAUGCGGCAAAACUGCUCAAAAUGUUUUAUCUAAAAUGCAAAGCAAAAAAAUCUCUUAUCAUGUAUUACAUUGCACAAAUCAGUUAAAUAAGAUGAUCGCUGAAUUUAAGAUUUAUAUUGAUGUCAAAAUCCUCAAGCUUAAAGACAACAUUACAUUUGAAGAUGCAAUUUCUAAACAAAUACAUCAGCGAUUAAUUGAGACUGAAAUGACUUUGAAGAAAGCAUGA